UUCCUUGUUCACCCAAAAAUCUCAUUGUAGAAUCCAUGGCCAAUACAAAGAGACUCUGCACCCUUGUGUUAAGGCUCAUGGCUGUGGCUGCUACCCUUUCGGCCGCCGUUGUCAUGGCUACAAGCCAUGAGAGAUCCAACGUCCUUGGAUUAUCUUUUGAAGCAAAGUAUAACCAUACACCAGCCUUCAGGUACUUUGUAAUUGCAAAUGCUAUCGUAACCGUAUACGGGUUUCUGGUCCUUUUUCUUCCUUCUAAGAGUCAGCUAUGGAGACUAGUCGUGGCCUUGGAUAUGGUGCUCACCAUGUUACUCACCUCAGGCAUUUCAGCAGCUUUGGCUAUUGGCAGUGUGGGCAGGCAUGGAAAUUCAUAUGCAGGCUGGCUGCCCAUUUGUGGCCAAGUCCCCAAAUACUGUGACCAAGUGAAGGGAGCUCUGAUCGCAAGCUUUGUUGGCCUAUUAAUAUAUGCCGUGCUGCUUCUUUAUGCCAUCCACAAUGUCCUAGAUCCUCUCUUGUUGCAUAAAACUUAGGUUCUGAUCAAGGGGUCAAGAUCUCACUCAAUUGUAUCCCCUUUCUCAAUGAGUUAUAGAAGAUAGAGAGACAGCAAAAUAAGUAGCCUGUACCAUUACUAAUUGAUCAUCAUGUGCACACAUCAGGAUUGAAAUACACAUUUUUCAUGUGGAACAUGUUUUGACUAUUGGGCUAUAAGUUAACUCAUUUACUCAUAUAUUAAUCUAGACAGAA